GACCACUGUACAGAAGUUGGCCUGAUUUUUAUUGGGCAGAUGUUCCAUGUUGGGGUAGAAAACUGGCACCUCCUUGCCUCACUGCCUGAGCCUCCACAAAGUAUGAGGUUUGCAACUAUUUCUCCUGGCAGAUCUUACUGGUCAGGCUGAUGCUGACUGCAAUAAAUGGUCCUGCAGGAGUCUGAUACUGAGCCAUAAAGGGCUUUGUAGUCCAAACCCAUUUGCAGGACUGAGAAGAGGUCUAGAUCCCCAACAGGUGCAACUGAACAGAAAUUAAUGCCCAACGAAAGAACAAAUGAAAACACACAGGAGGAAGGAAAUUGAAAGCAAAAUCCUGGGUCGGCAAUGUGGGAAAAUCGGACUUCCCCCUUUUGUGGUGUAUAAAAGCUGAAGUCAGAACGGCACGAGGUUCAAGAGACAAGUACCAGGAGGACCAUUCCUACCACAAAUUCAAAGGACAGUUCCCAGCAGCAGAGAUGGGUGAAUCAAUCAUCUACAUUCGGCAUAUCGAGUUGCUGGGAUUUGAGAAGAGAUUUUUCCCCAGCCAACACUAUGUUUAUAUGUUUCUGGUGAAAUGGCAAGAUCUGUCAGAAAAAGUUGUGUAUCGGAAGUUCACGGAGAUCUAUGAGUUCCAUAAAGUUUUGAAGGAAAUGUUUCCGAUUGAAUCUGGGGAAAUUAACACAGAGAGUAGAAUAAUCCCUCACUUGCCAGCUCCACGGUGGUUUGACAGCCAACGCGCCACUGAAAACCGGCAAAAUACUCUGUCCGAAUACUUCUCUGCCUUGAUCAAUCUUCCACGCAAGAUCUCCCGUUGUGUGCACAUCUUAAGCUUCUUCAAAGUCAGACCAGAUGAUUUGAACCCUUCUACUGCAAACCACCCCAAGAAACCAGAAACAUUCCUGAUGCCAAGAGAUUCAAAGAAGAUUGCAACAGACAUCACCGGCCCAAUCAUCCUACAGACCUACCGUGUGAUUGCUGACUAUGAGAAGAACUCUAGCACUGAGAUGGCCAUGAAGGUGGGGGACAUAGUAGACGUGGUGGAGAAGAGUGAGAGUGGAUGGUGGUUUUGUCAGCAAAAGAAUAAACGAGGUUGGGUACCAGCUGCUUAUCUAGAACCAAUGGAUAGUCCAGAUGAAGCUGAAGAACAGGAGCCCAACUAUGCAGGUGAGCUCCAUGUUGUCCGAAAAGGUUACACAGCUGCUCAGGAAGACGAGAUUUCCCUGAAGGAAGGAGAAACCAUAGAAGUUAUCCAUAAACUGCUUGAUGGUUGGUGGGUAGUCAGGAAGGAAGAGAUCACAGGCUACUAUCCUUCGAUGUAUCUGCAAAAAGCAGGAGAGGAAAACAUGACCGAGAACAACCAGCUGAGGAAUAAAGCAGCACCACCUCGAAGGUCUAGCAUCAGCAACAUCAAGAGCAUCCACACACAAAGUCGCAAGCAGAUCAGCCAGGAGACGUAUAGGCGGAACAGUGUGAAAUACAUGCAAAGCAGAAAGAAGCUGAAGACCAAAUUCUUGGGCAAAACCAAUAUUAUCGCGGAAACAAACGAGAACGAUGAACCCAAACCGGUAAUCCCUCCGAGACCCAGUAAAGAUUUGAUUCUGAUCCGUUGUUCUGAGAGCACAAAGAAAAAAAUCCAGUGAGGAAGAAACGGAGGAAUUUAUCGCUCCGUCUUUGCUACCAUCACUCAAAAGAACUCAAGCUAUUCAGAAAGAAUCGUCUGAGGAUCUCUGUUUUUGGAAGAGUUCUUGCAAACCAUGUCUAGUGAUCUCUUUGCAGCUCUUGUGUUCAGAGAGUAUCAUCCUUUUUUCUGCUUGCUUGAUCAACCUUACAGAGAAAUGUUUAGAACAUAGAAUAAUAGCACACGGCUAUUACAACUUUACAGUAAUUAUAUAAUUAUAAUUGCACAUAGAAUUUAGCACUGAUGACUUCUUACAAUUUUUUCCAUAGUCUCUCUUAUUGUAUAAUCAGUUGAAUCAAGGUGGUGAAGCUAUGCUGAAUUGACUUAGUGUUAAAUCAGUUAAGUUUCCUUUCCCCUGGGUUUGUACAUUUUGCCAACCCAGCCUGCGUAAACAGAAUAUUUAUAACUCAGUGUUCUUGGUUUCUCUGAGCUUGGGUUGUUUUCCUGCAGAUGUUUCCUUACCAGAUUUGGUAAUAUCAUCAGUGUAGGGGGCAGAAUGGAGUUUGUUGGUGGUUUAUAUAAUAGUGGCCAGCCCUGCCAGUUGUGAUUGGAGUGUGAUUCCUUUCUUGGGCAAUCAACGACUUUCACUCUCACCUAUCACCAAAAAUACCAUGAACACAAUGAGUCUCUUUAGCUAGUUUAUGACUCAAAUGUAUUGUCUCAAUCCAGAAAACUGGUUAAUUCAGUAACCAGGUUAAGUAUGUAGUAAGAAUUGCAUCCAUGCACUAUUCUUGGCCAUUUUAAGUCCUGAUAAUAGUAUUUUUCCUACAUUCAAAGUCUGCUGAGUUUUCACUUCCAUCUAGUAUUUUGUUUGAGGAAGGUUAUUUGUCUGCGGUUUAGCUCCCUUGGUUAGUUUGUGUUCAAUAUGUUAAUGAAGUUAAAUGGUCGGUUUAGGUUUUAUGAUUAGUUUAUUAUAUAUGACUAGUUUCAUUGGGAUUAUAAUUUGUAAAUACAUGACAGUAUAUUUUAUUCUUUUUGCAUGUGUCUAAUUACUGUUUAGAUCUGAUGGUUUUAGUAUUGUAAUUACAGCACUGAAAUUGGUUUUCUUUCUGCAAAUCCAGAAAAAGGGUUUCCAUAGCCACAGAGUGAGUGAGCACAUAUGUCCAUAGAUGUUUUGAAUCUUGAUCAGUGGGGUAGCUGGCACUAUAGGGCAGACACAUGCAUUGAGCUUAUGAUUAUUAAUUAUGAUGCACAAGUCUAUCAACUUAGGGUAUUUAUUUUUCAUGUGCCAACGGUUGUUACCCAUACAUAAGAUAGGUUGCUUUCUAAAAUAUGUUUUGGGUAGAUGGGAUCUUGCUUUGCAUCCAUUAUAUUGCACUUGUAACAUCUGUGGCUAUAUGAUUAAUAAACAACCUGGAAUAAACAA